AUGGACAAUGUGAAAGUGGAUGAAGAUGAUGUUGACUGCCAUAAGGGAUGCGAGGCUAUUGCCGACACCGGCACAUCUCUCAUCACUGGCCCCAGCAGUGAAAUUACUGCCCUCAUUAGAAGGAUUGGAGGCCGCUCAAUCGGAGGAGGAGAAUAUGUGGUUGGGUGCUCUUUCAUCUCUAGUCUCCCUUCUAUCUAUUUCAUUUUUGGCGGACGGACCUUCGCAUUGGAGGGCGAUGACUACGUGCUCAAAGUGUGUAACAUUCUUUUCGUUGCAUUGAAUGAAAUCCCCAUCGAUUACGACUCCAAGUGCAUCUUUUUUCAUGUU